GAGUCUGACGAGAACUCUAUUCCCACGGCGAAAGAGUGCCCGGAUAUUGUCCGACUAGUGAAGGCGUGGGCCGAUUACCAAGACGGACAGAAAAUCCUGCUGACCACACCCACAGUCCUGCUGGGUUACCGAGUGGAAGUUUACCGCACGGAGGGUACCACACAGUGGUAUACUGCAGUCAUCAAGUCCUACAACCACGCCAACAAG